AAGCUAAAAAACCGCAAUUUACACACUUAAAGGAAGGACUAUUGUUUUUUAAUCUAAUAAAAAUGAGUGAUGAUGAGAACAGCGACGGCUACUUAAACCAACCAAUGGUCAUCCGAGACUACUUGAUUCGUCGCAAGAUCGGGUCCGGAUCCUUCGGGGACAUCUUCAUGGCCGAGCAGAGAAUCACAGGGGAACGCGUCGCCAUCAAAGUUGAGCGAAAUGAUACCAACCAGUUGCAGUUGUACUUCGAGUUUAAGCUGUACAAGAUCAUCCAGGGUGGAAUAGGCAUACCAAGAAUUCGCGAGUUCAACACCGAGUCCCGCUAUAAUAUGCUAGUGAUGGAGCUGCUGGGUCCCUCGUUGGAGGAAAUGUUCGUUUGCUGUUCGCGUCGUUUUUCACUGAAGACCGUCCUUAUGCUUGCGGACCAAAUGAUUGAGCGGCUGGACCACCUGCACUCUCAUCACUAUUUACACCGCGACGUUAAGCCGGAAAACUUUCUGAUGGGCUUGGGUGCUAACCAGCAUCGGGUCUACAUUAUUGACAUGGGAUUGGCUAAAAGCUAUUGGAAUAGUGAAAGUAACAAGCACGUAUCGUACAAGAAUGGACACCGACUCACCGGCACGGCUCGCUAUGCUUCCGUUAAUGCACUCAAUGGAGGCGAGCAGUCACGGCGCGAUGACCUGGAGUCAGUGGGCUAUGUCCUGAUGUACUUCCUUCGAGGAAACUUACCGUGGCAGGGCCUAAAGGCGGUGAGCAAAAAGCAGCGCUACGAACUCAUAGCUGAGACCAAGGCUUCAACUCGUUUAGAGGACCUGUGCUUAGGCUUUCCGGAAGAGUUUGCGUCUUACAUUGGCUACUGCCGUGCCAUGGGAUUUGAAGAUAAGCCCCACUAUAAUAAUUUACGGAAAAACUUUGCUGAUCUAAUGGAGCGCCAAAAGUAUAUCAACGACCGGAUUUAUGACUGGAACCUGCUUCAAAUGUCCAAGGAAAAUAAUAAGAAAGAAGAAAAGGAUAACAUAGAGGCUAAGGAGGAUACCGAAAUGGUUUUUGUACAUUAGGUUAUAUUUUUCAGUUAAAUAAAAACGUGGACUGGAUUCUCCAGUGUGUCUGCCUGUCAGAAAUGCCAAUUUAAAUUAUACAAGCUGCCGGCUAUCAGAAAUGAGUCCAA